AAGGGAAGUUUAAAAAAAAAAAAAAAACAGAAACAGUCAAACUGAUCCAAAAACAGACUAACAAUGCCCAUUACUACACAGCCUGUAAGGAGCUCUUUGGAAAAACAAUUAAGAAGCCGACAGUGGAAGAUAAUUCCAAGCAUCCCAUGUGGGAUUUUUCUUUUUUUCUCUAUCUUAAUUCUCAUUUAUAUCUCUGUUCACAGGCUUCUUCUUGUUCUUGUUCUGCUUUUGUUCUUCAGCUCAUUUUAUCUCUGUUUUUGCUCUGCUUUCAGAGCUGCUCUAAAUCCAGCUUGAAGUUUUCUGGGGAUUUUUGUCUUUUUACCAUGUGGGAAUCAGAGAUAGAGUCAGUUUCUGGAAGAGAUUAUGGCAAUGUAGUUCUUAGUUCAAGCAAACAUGCUGUCAAAACUGAUGGGUUUGAACUACGAGGCCAGUCAUGGUAUGUUGCGACUGAUAUUCCAAGUGACUUUCUUGUUCAAGUUGGAGAUUUCAAUUUUCACUUGCACAAGUAUCCCCUGCUUUCAAGGAGCGGAAAAAUGAACAGAGUUAUAUACGAAUCCCGAGACCCAGACUUAACCAAGCUAGGUCUGGAUGAUCUUCCUGGUGGACCAGACGCAUUUGAGCUGGCAGCCAAAUUCUGCUACGGAAUUGCUGUUGAUCUAACAGCAGCCAAUAUCUCAGGCCUGAGAUGUGCUGCAGAGUAUCUUGAAAUGACAGAGGAUUUGGAAGAAGGCAAUCUCAUAUUCAAAACCGAAGCUUUUCUGAGCUAUGUAGUUUUGUCCUCAUGGAGGGACUCCAUAGUAGUGUUGAAGAGCUGCGAGAAGCUCUCUCCUUGGGCCGAAAACCUCCAAAUUGUCCGGAGAUGCAGCGAGUCCAUUGCUUGGAAAGCCUGUGCCAAUCCAAAAGGUAUAAGAUGGGCAUACACUGGGAAACCACCAAAGGUUUCGAGCCCGAAAUGGAAUGACAAGAAGGAUUCUAGUCCAAGUAGGAACCAGCAGGUUCCGCCGGAUUGGUGGUUCGAAGACGUUUCAAUAUUGAGGAUAGAUCAUUUUGUUAGAGUCAUCACAGCGAUUAAAGUAAAGGGUAUGAGAUUCGAGCUCAUCGGAGCUGCCAUAACGCAUUACGCGACGAAAUGGCUACCGGGAUUGAUAAGCGAAGGGUCCGGAACAGGGGAUGAAGGAAGCCAUAGCAGCAACAGCAACACAAGCAGCAGCAGCACCAGUUGGAAAGGUGGGCUGCAUAUGAUAGUCGCCGGAACGAAAGACGAUCUUCCGACGGUUCAGGCGAAAGAUCAACGGAUGAUAAUCGAGAGCCUCAUCAGCAUAAUUCCUCAGCAGAAGGACAGUGUGUCCUGCAGCUUCCUGCUUAGGCUUCUGAGAAUGGCAAACAUGUUGAAGGUCGCUCCGGCUUUGGCUACCGAAUUGGAGAAAAGGGUCGGAAUGCAGUUCGAGCAGGCUACUCUGGCUGACCUCCUCAUUCCUUCAUACAAUAAGAGUGAUACCAUGUAUGAUGUGGAUCUUGUUCAGAGGCUUUUGGAGCAUUUUCUUGUUCAAGAACAGACAGAGAGCUCGAGUCCUAGUACACAGUCUUUUUUGGACACACACUUGUAUGAAGGAACUCAAAGAGGGAAUGGACCAAGUGCUAAGAUGAGAGUAUCUAGGCUUGUUGAUAGUUACCUUACAGAAGUGUCAAGGGAUAGAAAUCUAUCUCUAACUAAGUUUCAGGUGCUUGCAGAAGCUUUGCCAGAAUCUGCAAGAACUUGCGAUGAUGGACUUUAUAGAGCUGUCGAUUCCUAUCUUAAGGCUCAUCCUACACUGUCCGAGCACGAAAGGAAGAGGCUUUGCCGUGUGAUGGAUUGCCAAAAGCUAUCGAUCGACGCCUGUAUGCACGCUGCACAAAACGAACGGCUGCCAUUGAGAGUAGUAGUCCAAGUUCUCUUCUCGGAACAGGUUAAAAUAAGCAGUGCCAUAGCCAACAAUUCACUGAAAGACGGAGCAGAAUCCAAUUACCAACCAAUGGUUGUGAACCGAAAAACACUACUCGAAGCCACUCCACAAUCGUUCCAAGAAGGAUGGGCCACGGCGAAAAAGGACAUAAACACCCUUAAAUUCGAGCUCGAGAGUGUUAAAGCCAAGUACCUUGAACUCCAAAAUGACAUGGAAAAUCUUCAGAGACAGUUUGAUAAAAUGGCAAAGCAAAAACAGACAUCAUCAUGGAGCAGUGGGUGGAAGAAACUUAGCAAGCUCACAAAGAUGUCAAACUUAGAACAACAAGAUAUUGGGCCUCAGAUCCCAACUUCAUCAGAACAAACUAGAAAAACACCAAGAAGAUGGAGAAAUUCUAUUUCCUGAGACAAUGACAAAAAAGCAAAUAGCGGUUGCUUGCCAAGAAAAUGAUACAAUUCUACUUGUUGAUCGUGUUUUACAAAGAUUUUUAUUUUAUUUUAUUUUUUUAUACUUUUUUAGGAGGGUGGAGUUUCUCAUUUCAUUGCAGGGAAACUGAGGCUUCUUUUCCUUUCUCUUUAUAGCACUUGUUUGACAAAAGCUAGGUUAAGAAUAUUUUGUGACGACAAAUUUGUUAGUGUC